CUUAGAUUCUGUUUAGCUUAUCACAUUUGUAUUAUCUGUCUACUGGACACAACGAAGUUAACUCUCAAAGCCCGUUUUAGAGAGUACAAUGUCUGCUGUGGGCGACAAUGGCGCACGACUGAGUCAGUUUAAAAAUAAAGGAAAGGAUGCCAAUGAAUUGAGGCGUAGGAGAAUUGAGGUAAAUGUCGAGCUUCGGAAGGCGAAGAAAGAGGAGCAGAUCCUUAAAAGGAGAAAUGUCAGCUGUUUCCCAGAAGAUGCUAACUCUCCAUUGCAAGAGAAAAACCAAAACGGGCAGCCUUCACCUCUCUGGAAUGUAGAAGAGAUAGUAAGUGGCAUAAACAGUCAAAGCCUUGAUCAUCAGUUACAGGCUACACAAGCAGCAAGGAAACUGCUGUCUAGAGAAAGGCAUCCCCCUAUAGAUCAAAUCAUCAGUGCUGGCCUUAUUACCAAAUUUGUGGACUUCCUUUGGCUGGCGGAUUGUCCCCCCAUUCAGUUUGAGGCAGCGUGGGCUUUGACCAACAUCGCGUCAGGGACUUCUGAACAGACGAGGGCCGUGGUGGAAGGGGGUGCCAUUCCCGCCUUCAUCCGUCUGGUUUCCUCCCCGCACCCUCAUGUCAGUGAACAGGCUAUCUGGGCUUUGGGCAAUAUUGCUGGUGAUGGCUCUACCUACAGAGACAAAGUCAUUAAACAUGGAGCCAUUGAUCCCCUUCUUGACCUGUUGUCCAUUCCUGACCUGUCUGUGUUCUCUCCCGGGUAUCUGAGGAACGUUACGUGGACUCUGUCUAACUUGUGCCGCAACAAGAACCCAGCUCCCCCUCUGACAGCCAUCCAACAGAUUCUCCCCACUCUGCUUCGGCUGCUUCACCACGAUGACAAAGAAGUGCUCGCCGACACGUGCUGGGCCGUGUCGUAUUUGACGGACGGUCCAAACGAGCGGAUCGAGGUGGUGGUGCAGGCAGGACUGGUCCCGCGACUGGUGCAGCUUCUGCACUGUGGAGACAUCGCCAUCGUGACUCCAUCUCUGCGAGCAGUAGGUAACAUUGUGACGGGCACAGACGAGCAGACCCAGAGCGUGCUGAAUGCCGGAGCUCUGUCAAUGUUUCCCGCCCUGCUGCGCCAUCAUAAGACUAACAUCCAAAAGGAGGCAGCCUGGACACUAUCCAACAUUACCGCAGGGAAGAGCACACAGAUUCAGGAGGUCAUCAACGCUGGCCUGGUGCCACUGCUGGUGGAGAUUCUUCAGCAGGGAGACUACAAGACCCAGAAGGAGGCAGUAUGGGCCAUCACUAAUUUUACAAGUGGGGGAACCAUUGAGCAAGUGGUGUAUCUUGUUCAGUGUAACGUUCUGGUACCUCUCCUCAGUCUUCUCUCAGCCAAGGACACCAAGAUCAUUCUCGUCAUUCUAGAUGCAAUUAAUAACAUUUUCAUGGCUGCGGAGAAAACUGGAGACACUGACCGACUCUGUUUAAUGAUUGAGGAAUGUGGAGGAUUAGACAGAAUUGAAGCGCUCCAGUCUCAUGAGAAUGAAAUGGUCUACAAAGCUGCACUCAGCCUUAUUGAUAAAUACUUUUCAGGGGAGGAGGAAGAAGAUGAGUCCAUUGCUCCAGAAACAACCAAUGGUGGUUAUGCCUUUCACAUCGGAGAAAACCAGAGCACUUUUGAUUUUUAA